AUGGCGUUAUGCGACUACGACGCCACAACCCAACGCGCGCGGACGCCACGCCGCGCGACCGCGCGGGAUACGACGCGCACGAUGAGCGAGGCGUCGUUCCGCUCGAGGGCGUCGAACCUCCGGUCCGACUCCGGCGGCGGCGCGGGCGCGACGGCGCUCGCGGCGGUCGAGCCCGUCGACGAGAGCGAGAGCUACGGCCUGAGAGAAGUCGACACGCGGACGCGAGGCGAGCGCGCGCGCGACUACGCGGUGCGCUUCGUGACGGACAAGGUGAGGAACGCGCCGCAGGCGGAGGACGGCGGCGCGGUGCAGGGCGGCGCGUUCACCUCCGUGGACGCGGGCGGGAACGUGUACGCGGACCCGGAGAAGAUGGAGGCGAUCGGCACCGAGGCGCUGGAGACGGCGCUGGCGCAGAUCCCGGAGGACGACGACGACGACGACGACGCGAGCAACCCCGGGGCGGCGUUCCAGAAAGCGUUCGCGCUCAGGAAGAUGCGCGAGGAUCUGUUCGAGCAAGUGAAAGAGGCGUGCAUGGAGCAGGCGAGCCAAGAGAUGCGCAUCGCGCGACGUAGAGCGCUCGUGGCGUCGCACGCGACGCAGCCCAAGGCGCCGCCGCAACGACAGAGCGGGCUCGUCCAGCCCGAAUUCCUCUCGAACUCGAGGAAGGCGAUGGGGGAGGCGAACUCGGCGAAGAUGUCCUACUACCAAGCCCCGGACCCGUACGACGAGUCCGUGUUCGGGGUCACGAACACGUCGAUAUACAGGGUGAAGAACGACGCGAGGACGACGCAACGGAUGCUGGAGUUUUUGUUGGGGUACUCGAGCGUCGUGGACCCGGACGACCUCGAGGAGAUCGAAGCCGGCGCGAUGGGGCUGACGGUGUCCAGAGGGAAAGGCAUGCGCGAGCUCGCGCUGAAGUACGCGACGCACUUGGAUAAGACGUUGCCGGAGCGCCACGCGAACGUCUUGAAGUCGCUCGUGAAGACGGCGGCGGAUGAUUUCAUUCGGCAAGAGCUCCUCGGUUUCGACGCCGCGCAGGCGUACGCGCAGAGAGAGCGCGAGAGCGCGAGCGAGGUCGCGGCGACGAAUAAACAAGCGUGGAUGACGUCGAUGUUCCCGGACGCGCUGUGGCCGAACAAGGCGAAGGUUGGGGGCGCGGACAAAGCCGCGUUGCCGUCGGUGGGGACGCUCGGAGCGUUCGGCGGCGGCGGCGGCGGCGGCGGAAACCCGGGCGACGGCGCGGUGCAAGUCCGCAUGAACCCGUCCGGGUUUAACGCGGGGUCGACGUACAGCGGGAGCUAG